AAAUACCAGGAAACGAGUCGUAGAAGUUUCUUGCUCGACCUACGUACACACAUCCAUCCAUACAUUAUCUCUACUCGUCUCUUAUUAUUAUCUACUUACCCCUACGAUUUUCCACACCACUCCACUUAUACGUAAGGUACACACAGAAAUACACGCGUAAGCAAUGUCUGCGCAAAAUUCCCAACGCCAGCGCGACCGCCCCCAGGGCUCCCAGACCCAGGUCCAGACGGAAGCGCCCACCAGCUCUAGAACACAGACCGGCACCCAAGCCCCGGCGUCGGCAGCCCCCGCUAUCCUGCGGCUUCGCGGCGCGCACCCGGCUUCCGAUCACCGCGUCCAAUGGGCCGAGUCCGUAGUUGAUAAUGAGGGACUGGGACGAAAGCGGUCAAAAGUAUGCUGCAUAUACCACCCACCCAGCCAGGUAGGCGAGUCUUCCGACGAGUCUUCAUCAGACGAUGACUCGUCGUCAUCGGACUCGGAUUCAGACCGCGGCAUGCCAGACGAUCCCCGGGAGAGGGCACUAGCAGCGCGACGGCGUCAACAACACGCCCAUAAUCACAAUCACAAUCACGACCACGACCAUAGCCAUGGAAACGGAGGCGGAGGCGGAGGAGCCCAGCGCAGGCGCAGACCGAGUCCUAACGCCUAUGAACGACAACCGAAACCAAAGCCUAGAUCUAAUCCAGGAGGCGACGGUCGUAAUUCGGGUAACCGAGGGAACCCUGGUGCCGGGGGCGGGACUCGAUGAUGAACAGCUCGACUUAGAGUCUAGUCUAGCCCAUCAGGGCUUUCGCUCAAGACGACAGUUACUAGGACACCUACGCAUUGGAUACGACAAACGGAUUGCCUUGGUCCAGAAAACCAGGGCAGAAAACGCAAAGACGAGGAGGCUGCAGCAGCUAGAAAGGGGCUAACCUCGCCGCUGAGCGAAGCAAACGAAGUGGAGUAUAACAAUCCCGGAUCCGCGUUCUGAAAGGGGGUGAGGGGGAAAGGAGAGGAGAGGAGAGGAGGGGAGACAAAUACGACGUUCUCAUUCGGGUAAUCAGCCAAUCGUCAGUCCGGUCAACCUAAUGCGAAGGACAGAGAAUAACUGCAUACAUACGUGUGAGAGGAACUGCUGUUGCUACUAGGGGAGUUGGCCAUACACAGAGUGGGUAAGCAGGUAGUGAGUGUCAAAGUCGAAGUUAUACCCAGGUCGUAGAAAAAAGGGGGAGGCUUGGCGCCGCAACAACGAACACAAAACACAACGACAAGUUCAAGAUAGUCCGAGAAGAAAAGGUUACAUGCAAAUCAUAGCCCAAUUGAAUAUUACGUGCAUGCCGUGCCAUAGUACACAUAACU